AUGGCUCUUGCAGAUCCCUCUGGAGCUCUUAUAACAUACUUCAACUGUUUGAAGGACCUUUUUGUUGUUACAAUUGACCAUAUCACAACUCUAUCAACUAUUCUUCCCUUGUCAAAGCAGGUUGUUAGGCCUCCUCAUGAGUGUAUCCGUCGUGGAUUGCUUGCAGAUUGGGGGUUUGCGGCUGCAAUGCCAAAGAUAAAGGAGCAGGAAUAUUCUCAGUCCACUAGGGAUCUAUCUCAGUUUGAUAAAGAAGAUGCUGUAUUUGAUGAGGGGUCAUCUGAAGCUUCCUCUGAAGAGGAGGAUCCUGCCCGCCAUGAUUUCCCGGCCAAGAUGUUGGAUGCCAUGCUGAAAAGGGGAAUAGAGGUUGCUACAGGUACUGCUCACAAGACCUUGGAGCGCUUGGCAUGCCAGGGGUGGGCAGUGGAUAAUGGAAACCACGUCCUUGAACACACAGGUACAGAGCCCUUCAUGGCUGUAGAAAUACAGAAUGCACAACCUGGAGAGCCCAUUCAGCACGCAGCACAUCAUGGUCUUGAGUCCUUCUAUUGCAUUAGUUUAGCUAUGUGCAUUCUACUAGAGCAGCCCUACCAAUUCAAGGACGAGGUGUUUAUAGAGCGGGAGGUAAUCAGGAAAUGGCUCAAUCAUGAAUUUGACACUAAGUUCACCUGCACAGAUGCAGCGCAUCACAAAUUCACAAUAUUUGGCAAGGCUGAUAACCUCCGUAGUUUCCUUGACGGACAUAUUUCAAUCUACUUUGAAUUUAUGAUCCCCUACUUUGAACGGUUGCAUAGCACAAUUUUUGAUUCUGCGACGUUCAUUCCCAAGAGGUUCAUCAAACUUGGCCCCGCCCCCUUCCUGAUCUUUCAUGAUGCUCUCAAUGUUAUACAAACUAGCAGGAAGAAAUUGACACAUCUGAGACAGCCAUUGACAAGGCCAGAGGGAUUUAUACCUCACUUGGAUCUCUGGUGCUCAAGUGAUGAUAGAUUCAAAUUCUAUGCUCUACUUGUGGUCACGCACAUUGCAGGGAUGAGUAGUGGGGGGAGCAUACCUAGAUUUCAUGGGGACAACUUGGAAAUGCUCCCUAUAUGUGUCCAGCUAGAUGUGGAAGGAAAGUUACAAUUACUUGCUAUCCCGCAGUCACAAGAAGAUGAUGGAGAAGACGCUAGUGGAUUAGACAUGUCAAUAGAUGAUGAGCAUACCAAGGAGGCAAUUGGCAAAGUACUACAGGAGUUGCAAGAGGAUCUUUUUUCAUUCAUUCCAAUCACACAUUCUGACAUUAUUGAUGAUGGGGAGAACACAGCAGGCCCAUCCCUUCAUCAGCACUCAAUUGUUCUAGGCGGCAAUGAGGAUGAACAUAUGGAGGUGGAACAUCCCACAGCUGGCAAGGUCAUAAGCAUGGACAAGACUUUACAUCAGAGGUGGAGAAGAGAAUUAAUUGCAGCAGGUGGGGAUAGUGAAGAUGUAGAAAUGGGUGAAGCUUCAGACCCCAAGUCAGGGAGAAGCUGGGGCUUUCUUACCAUGAUAUAUUAUAGAGAUGUACUUUCAGCCAUCAGGACUCUCCUUGGGAACCCUGCACAUGCCAAACAUAUAGUCUAUCGCCCAAAAAUGAUUUUCACCAAUGCAAGGAAAGAAUCAAGAAUUUAUCAUGAAAUGUGGACGGAAAAAUGGUGGCAUGCUAUUCAGGCUCAUCUACCAUCUGGGGCCGCCUUGGCCCCUGUUAUCAUUGCAAUGGACAAAACCCAGCUUACACAAUUCUCUAAUUCUAAAUCAGCCUACCCUGUCUAUCUUGGCUACAUACCCAGAAACUAUACAUUGAUAUCUGUCAGUCAACAUAGCCACAGGAUCUCAGCUUACUGUAAAGGAGAAGUCUUCAAGGGUUCAGCGUCUUUUUCAUGA